AUGCCAGCUCGUAAGCGUGCUGCGUCGCCUGUGGCGGAGGAACCACGCCGGCGGUCCCGGCGUAUCUCUAGCACGCCCAAGAAGAGCAAGUACUUCGACGACGGGGAUGAUGAUGAUGAUGCAGAGUUUGAUGACGGUGAUGUUGAAGUUGAGAGUGAGGUCGACGACGAGGAAGAGGACGAGGAAGAGGAGCAGCCUAAGAAACGUGGGCGGGGCCGGCCCAAGGCGUCUGUGGCGAAGCCUAAGCCCAAGGCGAAGCCUCAAGCCAAGCCUUUGAAGAAUGCCGGAAAGAAGCAAAAGGUUGAGGAGACUGAUGAGGAUGAUUACAAGGAUGACCUGCCCGAGGAAGAUGACGACGAAGAGGAAGAGGAGGCGGAGGAGGAUGACGAUAACAGACGGCCUCGUGUCACCAUCAUUCCCCUGGAGAAGUUGCGCCCGUUGGAUGGGGUCGAGUACUCUGAUGAGACGGUGCACAAGAACACGCUUCUGUUUCUCAAAGACCUGAAGGCGAAUAACAUCAGGCCGUGGCUCAAGAGUCACGAUGGAGAGUACAGACGCGCACUCAAGGACUGGCAGUCGUUUGUCGAGUCUAUCACGGAGAAGAUUACCGAGGUGGAUUUCACCAUACCCGAGUUGCCUGCCAAAGACCUGAUUUUCAGGAUUCAUCGGGAUAUUCGCUUCAGCAAGAACCCGACCCCGUACAAGCCGCAUUUCUCAGCCGCCUGGUCUAGGACGGGCAAGAAAGGACCCUAUGCCUGCUACUAUAUCCACCUCGAGCCGGGCUCGUGCUUCGUUGGAGGAGGCUUAUGGUGUCCUGAAGCGGCGCAUCUUCGGAAGUUGAGGGAGAGUAUUGACGAGAGGCCACGUCGGUGGAGGAGAGUCCUUAAUAACGAGCGGUUCAAGAGAACGUUUUUGCCCAAGGCGUCGAAGAAGGGCGGAGAAGAGGCGGCGUUGCUUGCGUUUGCGGAUCUGAACAAGGGAAACGCGUUGAAGAAGAGGCCCAUGGUGAGUGCUACUUCUCUGGUAUUGCCAGCUGACUUGCAGAACUACCUUGCUGAACACCGCGACAUUGAGCUGUUGAAGCUGCGGAACUUCACCAUCAGCAAGAAGGUGGACGACAGGGUGUUUACCGAGGAGGACGCACAGCAAAAAGUUUGCGAGAUCAUCGCCGCCAUGGAGCCUUUCAUUACGUUCUUGAACAGUGUGGUCAUGCCGGACUUGAACCUGGACGAUGAUGAAAGUGAUAGUGACGAAGAGAAUGGUGGUGAGAACGGUGCUGCUGAGGCUGAUGCCUCGCCUGAGCAAAGUGGUGAUGAGGAGGAGGAAGAAGAAGAGGGAAAGGAUUGGAGCAAGCACAAGUUCUGA